AUGCAACUUACUUUCACCAAAACAGAUCUCAUUGAAAAACCCCUUAAACUUGGACGUCUCAUUCAGAUAUCAGGCAAUGCAAGUUUGGAUCUGCAGGCAUUAAUCAGCAGCACGAGUGUAGUUGGCAUCAGCCUCUUCAUCCUCUUUCUGGCUGGGAUGGUGGUUCUAUCCUUCAAAGUGCAGAAAAGCAAGAAGGCAAAUUUCAGAAGCAAAAGCAGCAAGUUGUUAAAGAGCAAUUCAAAGAUCCAACACAAAAUACCAAGAAGCAAUGAAGAUCACAAGGGUCUGAAAUCAGAGAAUAAGAAUGUGCAGCCGUACAUUAAAAAAGCUGAGGACCUCAAAAAGGCAGCAGUGCUCCGCGAAAAGAUGGAGACAACAUCUUGGAACCAUCAAUACAAUGCCCUCCGGAUGGACAAAAGCCAGAAAUACACCAACAACUUUGUACAGCCAUACCUUACACCAAAGCCUAGUCAAUGCAUCAAAGAGAUGGAUACUGCAUCCUUGGAUUCAACAUAUGCAGUUCCUGCUUCUCUCCGCCUAAAUAUACCCAGCAUUCCGGUGGAAACAGACCCAGAUGAAAUCUAUGAUGUUCCACCACGGAGAAUGUGAUUCCCGAAAGUUCCUCACAGGAAAAUGCAGCAAGUUCGAGUUUAGAAGAAGCCAAGGGGAACAAUUACAGGGUGAUUGAUGACAAAAGUGUCAGCAACUUCAAAAAGUAAUGAGGAUUUGACAUCUUUGGAUUUGAACAAGAAACUGGAAGAGGAAGAGUGCUAACAUUUAGACACAUUAAUCCUGUAUUUUAAUGUCUGUGUUUAUUAUAUAGAGUUUCAGUUACAUAACCUUCAUUUGUUUCACAUUAGGCUAAACUUUGGAACCAAGGCCCUCAGAAGUUAGACAAGCCCCAGGCAUGUCCCUUCUGCAUUUGUAGCUAGACCCUGAAUACUUAGGGCUGUGAGAAAUUAAUCAUUCUUUCCCUUGUUUCAAGCAAUUUUCUUUAGUUUAAUCGUAUUUCAUCUGGAAGAGCAAUUAGAAGUGCAUUAAAUGUGGUACCAUAUUCAGAAAAGCUUAUUUCAUGAAGAAAGCUAAGCAUAUUAUUUAAUUCUUAAUGGACUAAGUUGAGUGGAAUCUGAUUUCAGUUCUUUAAUUGAGCUGCCACAGAUGUGGAAUAAUUGCUUUUAGUAAAUAGGAUUUUCACCUCUCAACAAAGCAAGAGACACAGUUGAUUUGAUGCCUAAAAGGUUUCUAAUUUUACUUCUUCUAUUGCACACAUCCAAACGACAGUGGAUUUUAUGGACUAUUUGUGUAUAUUGAAGAAAAAUAUACAAUGAAGGGUAAGGUGACAAGGUAUUGUACCCUCUAUAGUCUGAUGUCCUGUUUCAAGGAAUUACUCCACGUAUCUUCCUUGUACUGAAUCUAGUAAUAAUCCUGUUAGUUCUUCCACGGGAUGUGGCUAUCCCAAAAACAGCCACAUUUGUACCCUAAUUCCCCUUGAAUUGAAUGGUCUGUUGGGCCCAUCUUGGACACCAAAGAAGACCAGCCAUGUUGCCGUGGGUCUGGAAUCACUCAUAGGCCAGACCUGGUAAGGAUGGCAGAUUACCUUCCCGAAAGGCCAUUAGGAAUCCUGAUUUCCUGAAGCAGGGUCUAGGCCCAAAACAUCAGCCUUCCUGCUCCUCUGCUGCUUGGCCUGCUGUGUUCAUCCAGCUCUACGCCUUGUUAUCAAGGAAACCUGAUGGGUGUUUUACAGUAUUCAAUGUUAUGGUCAUCCUGAUUUAUUAAUUUAAGUUUUAAAUUUCAGCAGCUUGUUUGGUGAGAUUUGAACUUCCUCCCCACACUUCAAUCCCUGUCAUGGUGAUACCAUCUUCCCCUAAAUGGAAAAUAAAUGAAAAGCUGCAGCUUUGCAUGAUUUCAGGACGUAGCUCAGAGCAGUGCAAAUGGGAAGUGAGAUAAAUAUAACAAAGCUAAUUGUAUUAUGGGACAGCACUUGGGACAGAAUUGCUGCUACAGACCAGUUAAGCCAAAUGACCAGCUCCAAUGUUGUAGACUUGAUGUAAUUCCAUACUCAUAUGGAAUGGGUGUCAGGAAAACCACGCAUAUUGGAGCUGAAUUUAAGGGACCAUUACUAGAUUGAGUACCAGGAAGAUACAUGGAGGAACCCCUUGUAACAGAACAUCAGACUAUAAAGAUACAAUACUUUGUCACCUUAUCCUUCAUUGUAUCGUUUUCAAUAUACACAACCAGUCCAUGAAAUCCAUUUAGCUCUCUGCAAAAGCAAUUUGGUUAGUCCCCAUCUUUUCACCCAAGCUCUGAAAAUGUUUUCUAUUCAGCCAAGUUCAGAUAAUCUCUUUCCUAUUGGAAAGCCACUGUUGAAAUCUUCCUCCAGCACACUCUCUCAGGCAGUGCAUUCUAGAUUGUAAUUACUCAAUGUGCAAAAUCUGUUCUUGUUAAGGUGCCUUUGGUUCUUUUGCAAAUCACAUUAAGUCUAUCUCUUCUGGUUCUUAGAAAUUAUUCUCAUUGGUGGAAAGGCUAACUCCAACUCCAUUCAUUCUACUCUCAACGGGAGUCACUCUAGUCUCUCCAGUCUGCUAUCUUAACUAAAAGUCCCUCAUCCUGGAACCAUUCUUGUAAAUCUCUUCUGUAUCCCAUCUUAGCGAAAUGAUUCACUUUAAAUUUUCCUGCAUUAAAUUAAUCUGCCUAUUCUGCCAAUCUUCUAUUGAGACAAAUCACCAAGUACUAUAAACUGUCAGGACAGUCAUAGAAUUAUUCAGCACGGAAAGCCAUUUCAGUCCAACUUAUCCAUGCCAAACAAAUGUUCUAAAUUAAUCUAGUCCUAUUUGUCACCAUUCAGCCCGUAUCCCUCUAAACCCUUCCUAUUCAUAUACCCAUCCAGUUGCCUUUUAAACGCUGUAAUAGUACCAGCCUCCACCACUUCCCCUGGCAGCUCAUUCCAUACACACACCACCCUCUGCAUGAGGAAGUUACCCUUCAGAUCAGUUUUAAAUCUUCCCCCACUUACCUUAAACCAAUGCCUUCCAGUUUUGGACUCCCCUACCCUAGGGAAAAGACCUUGACUAUUCACAUUAUCCAUACCACGUUUGAGUGUUAUACGUAAAUUCAGCAACAUGCUCUGUACACCCAAGUCAACAUCAUUAACAUAUCAUCGAGAAAUGCACGAAUCCUAAUACUGAACCCUAAAGAUCUUUCUGUAUAUUUUACUCUUGUCUGAAAAACAACUGUUUCUUGUCACUUGGCCGAUUUUGCAAACAUGGUGCUACUGUCCCUUUUAUUUCAUGGGCUUCAACUUUGCUAAGAAAUCUUUUACACAGCUUUUUAUCAUGUCUUUUGGAACUGUGUCUACAUCACACCAACUGCAUGACUCUCAUCAACCCUCCCUGCUACCUCAUCAAAAUACUCCAAGAGUUAAACAAAAUUUUCCUUUAACGUAUCUACACUGGCAUUCCACAGUGAAUCCACAUUUGUCAAGAUGACUGCUAAUUUUGUCUCAGACUAUCAUUUCAAAAACCUUUCCCCACUAAGGUCAAACUGACCGUGCCCAAUGCUAAGUUUAUUCUUAACCUUCUUUAAAAUAAAUGUCUAACAUUUACAACUAUUCAGACCUUUGGCACCAUCCUUGGAUCUAAGCAAGAUUAGAAAAUUAAGGGCAGCACUUUUACCAUUUGCACCGGUAUGCCCCUCAGAUAUUGGAAUGAAUUCCUUCCAGUCAUCUGAUUUAUUGUUUUUAAUUACAGUCUCUGACUUAAAUCUCCUCUGCAACAAGUAUGAGCAUAUCCAGUAUUUCAAUGAUCUCUUCUUUCACAAUGACUUUGACAAGGUUUUCAUCCUUGAUAAAUACAGAAAGUAAUAAUCUCAUACUUUAGUUGUGCCUUCUGACUUUUGUUGAGAUGUUUUUCCAAUAUCUUCUACCUCUAUUCUUACAACUCUUUUACCCAUAUGCCUAGAAAGAAUUUUGGAUUUCUUUUGAGAUUAGCCAUCAUUUUCUUCUCACGUUCACUCCUUGCCUUUCUUAUUUCUCACCAACCCUCUGAAUUUUUAUAUCCAGCUGUUUCUCAAUCCAACAUGUGUCAUAUCAAUGUUUUUCUUGUUCCAUUUUACUCUUGAUCUCUUUGUUAACUAAACAGCUCUGCUUCUGGUUGGCAUCAGUUCCAUGGGAGCAAGCAAGAGCAGCUUAUCUAGCAAACCUUCCCCACACACGUAAAGCUGGAACACAAUAUCUAAGCAUUUUCCACCUGCUCAUAACCAUGCAAUCUCUCACAGUAGACAUAUAUGCUGCAAAUGCUGAUACAAGAACAAAAUAAAUGAGUCAGGAACAGUGGUUUCAAUGUAGGCUCUUUCAGGAGUCGUCCUCCUAAUAGGUUUAUUGUGCUCAAGGUAAUGGUUCGAACUGCAUCCAAUAGCUGUAAUUGCUGCACUGUUAGGCCAAUGAUCCUCCAGUCUGUUUACAAGGCAGCUCCUGUGGAAUUAGGUGCAUGCCUCACGUAAUGAGGGCAUUCCUAUUUCAGGUCUAUUCCAUGAAAACUGAGAUACGGCUGUGACAACUGUUGGAAGCAGAAACAGGGAAUGAAGUGUGUUCGAACACUGAUCCUUUCUACUCCAUGUAAGGGGCCCCUCCUCUCUGACAUUACUUUUACGUCCUAUCAGAGGUUUGAGGCAAGGCUUCUCAGUCCUGAUUCUUGCUGGCCCGAUUUCAGAACACAAACCGAGGUUGAGAAAUUGUUAGCCUAGAAAUACAAGCGCAGUACAAAAUGCAUUUGAGCAUUUUCAUUAGCAGACCAGUCCAGUCAAUGUUCACUCAACUAAUACCACAUACAGAGAGACUGUCUUAUGAGGAGAGUUUGAGUAGGUUGGGCCUGUACUCAUUGGAAUUUAGAAGAAUGAGAUGAAACCUAUUUGACCAUACAAUAUUCUUAGGGGUCUCGACAGGGUAUAUGGAGAGGGUAAACAAGAUCAUAAUUUUAGGAUAACUGGUCAUCUAUUUAAGACAGAAAUGAAAAGGAAUUUCUUCUCUCACAGGGUAGUGAAUCUGUGGAAUUCUUUACUGCAGAAUGCUGUCAAGGCUGGGUCAUUAAGUAUAUUCAAGGCCGAGAUAGACAGACUGACUUUUAGUCAGAAAAGGAAUCGGGGUUACAGAGUAAACUGUUGAGUUUAGGAUUAUUAUAUCAGCCAUGAUCUCAUUGAUUAGAGGUGCAGACUUGAUGGGCUGAAUGGCCUAUUUCUGCUCAUAAUCAAAGUGCACUAUUGAAAACAUUAGUGAGGGGAAUAUUGUUCACACUGUACCUCACAAACAGGCUGUUGGAGUUGCGAUCUUUGGAAUGAGAGCUACACAAUUACAAGCAUCUGUUCUUCUCGAAGACAAAUGCAGAACUUCUCCAAUUAUUACACACUGCUGCAUUAUAAGAUCAUUUAGUAUUAGUCCCUAUCUUAAAUGAGUAUACAUUUAUUUAUUAUAUAUGUAUAGGAAUAAGUGUUCAUUAAAUAUUUCCUAAA